AUGCACCGUGCCUUCACUUUCCCAAUGACCGUGGAGCGCAGUCGGACCAAAGAGUGUCUGGAGGCGAGUCUGGCCGGUCUAUGUGAGCUUGAGCUCCGCAAGCAAAAGCAGGAGUCCCUGGUGCUCGGGGCGCUGGCUCUCGGUGACCCUAUUCUCCUUCAUCGGGACCAGGGCGCAGGAGGAGCCGAAGCAUGUUUCAGCAUCUGGGGACAGGAGAACCUCACACUCCGGCGCCAACUGAGCGCCCUUCAGAGCCACCCAUGGGCCCUGCUGCAGUCCUUGGAGCAGCAGGUGGGAGAGCUCAGGAUAGACACUGAAACUGCGGGAGACGCCAGCAACAGUCGACCCAGUUCUGGUUUCUAUGAAUCUAGUGAGGGCCAUUCACCAAAAGGGAGAUGCUCUGCAGAGCCUACAGACACAGAGUCGACAUGGGCAUACAGCAAUGACAGGCCAAAGUCUGUAGGUGACUCACUUUCCCCAAAUAGUAACAUAGAAAUCCCCAUUCUUCGCACCUCUCUUCCUCGGUCUUUCUCCGCUCCGUACCCACCUCUAGAGGGCAUCGCUGAGGAGGGCUCUGGACCUGAUCCUUGGUUUUGGGACCCUCCUAAAACCACCCAAACUUGGCCACAACACCAGCAGCAGGAGGAGACGGAGGUCACAAAAGAGGAGGACUACCAGCAGGCUCUGAGGGUAGAGGGGUACAUUCUGAGUGUCAUCCAAAGACAUACUCUCUCCCCACGGCCUUGCCAGCCUCGCACAACCAUUAGCCCUGAUCCCACAUAUUCCAAUACAUCUUUACAUCGCCGAACACCAUCGCUUACCUCCGAGACCCUCCCCCUUGACCCAUACCUUCAGCCUUACGUUGACCUUUUGGGGCAUCCGAGUAGUCAAAUCAGGGGUUGUGACCUAUAUGAAGGGGAGGCUUGUGGCGGAGAGGCCCCAUCAUUGGAGGAAGACUGUUUUUUGGCUCUGCCCUACCCCCAGUCUAGGCCACACUCUCUGACUGGAAGGCUACCCUCACCUCUGCCCUUCCAAGACCCCAACUGUGGUUCAGGGGCUCUUGACCUUUGUGGUGAACUCACAUCCCCCCAGCAUUAUAGAAACCCACAACCUCCUAUUCACCAGAACCUUGUAAAUGCACAGUUUGUUCCCGGACAAGGUGGUCACACUGCUAUACAAUCACCAAGACAUUAUAUCCCUGGUCAGUCUACUCAACGAAUUCAAAUGAUCACUUCCCCUGUUCACCAAAAUAAAGAUAAAGCAUCCAAGAAAAACCAUAACGAGCGCCAGAAAUCAAAGAAAUCAAAUGGCAAGAACAGGUCACAGUCUGAAAAUAGCCUACUUGGUCAACGCAUGCUGCCUGAACGGCGAUACAGCACAUCAGAGCGCCCACAGGGUAGAGUGGACGCUACUUAUAACCAGGCUGUCCAAAUGGGUCGUAAUAAUGGCAAUAGACGCUGGUGCUCAAAUCUAGAGUUAAGCCAGGACGAGGGUGAAUCCCAUACACCUCAAGCCAACAGACGGCCACCUAGGAAACGCAAUGGUCAUUCAUACCAGCCACAACAAAACCACCCCCAUUACCAGCAGCAGAGACAACAAUGGCUGCACAGUGACUACCACCAGAGGGCACCACUGUGUCAGGAAGAAGAAGUGGCCUACCCAAGAGCUGUCCCUGCUGAAUCUGAGUCUAGUAUGAGUGAGGUGUACUCUCCAGGGUCUAGUUCAUUGUCCAGUGAUUCGGAUGAGAGUGGUGGGUUGGUGUGGCCACAGCAGUUGCCCCCUCGUUUAGCCAUGGGGUCUUCCUCCUCUUCCUCGCCCUCUCCCCAGGCCACUGCAGCAGCGAAUGGCAUCGCGUCACAGCCCAAAGCCUUUGUGAAGAUCAAAGCGUCUCACGCACUCAAAAAGAAAAUCCUGCGAUUCCGCUCAGGGUCGCUAAAAGUCAUGACCACUGUGUGA